AUGCUGGCAUGGCAGGACGGCGGGGCCAAGGCGGCUCCCUCCCACCACAAAAUCUCCUUCUCGGUUCUGGACAUCCUGGACCCUCAGAAAUUCACCCGCGCUGCGCUCCCAGCCGUGCGCCCUGCUCCCCGGGAAGCCAAGAAAAGUUUGGCAGAGGCCGAAGGAAGGAAGGACUCCAGCCGGGACCCGGCCCGGCAGCGAGAGACGCCUGAUGCUACGGGCCGAGGCGCCGGCUUGGCGUCCUCCCUGGAGGGCUCGGAGGCGGAGGAGGCGGAGGAGGAGGACUUGGAGGACACUGGGCGGCGGCAGCUGCGGGAGCGGACUGCGCGCCUGCAGGAGGCCCGGACGCGCUCCCCCGAGGCCCGGGCCGCGGCAUCGGCGGCGGGGGAGAGCAGCGCGGGCGGCCUCGCGGGCUCCCCGGGCUCGCCGGACUCCCCGCGGCCCCGGCGCCGGCGCUCAGAGCCCAGCUGCUCCAAGCCGCGGCGCGCGCGCACCGCCUUCACCUACGAGCAGCUGGUGGCCUUGGAGAACAAGUUCCGGGCCACGCGCUACCUGUCUGUGUGCGAGCGCCUGAACCUCGCGCUAUCGCUUAGCCUCACUGAGACGCAGGUCAAAAUUUGGUUCCAGAACCGCAGGACCAAGUGGAAGAAGCAGAACCCCGGCGCUGAAGGCGCGGCGCAGGCGGGAGGUGGCGCGCCCCAGCCUGGGACUUCGGCGGGGGCGGGCGGCGGCGGCGGCGGCGGCGGCGGCGGCGGCGCGGGGGCCAGCCCGGGUCAGCUGGGCCCGGCCGCGCAUCCCUUCCAGACUUUCCCCUCCUACUCGGCGGCCAACGUCCUCUUCCCGGCCGCCGCCUCCUUCCCGCUGACGGCCGCCGCCGCCAGGGGCUCCUUUGCGCCCUUCCUCGGGCCCUCCUACCUGACCCCUUUCUACGCCCCACAUCUAUGA